AUGUUCUCUCAAGGGGGUAGGGAAGUCGUCCUUAAAGCAGUUGCUAUGGCAAUUCCAUCUUAUGCCAUGAGUUGCUUUAAGCUUCCUCCAAAGCUUUAUUCUGAAAUAGAGGGUAUGAUGGCCAGGUAUUGGUGGGGUCAAAAGAAUGAGGAGAGAAAGGUACAUUGGAUAAGCUGGAAGAAGCUAUGCAGUUCAAAAUUUGUGGGAGGAAUGGGAUUCAAAGAGCUCGAGGUUUUCAAUAUGGCCUUGUUGGCUAAACAAGCUUGGAGGUUAUUGCAGAAAAAGAAGAGCUUAUUCCACAAGAUGUAUGUUGCUAGAUAUUUUUUUGAUGGGAACCUGUUGACAGCUACUCUUGGAAGAAAUCCCUCCUGUGCUUGGAGGGGUAUUUGGGAAGCAAAGAGCCUGCUAGUGCAUGGUGGCAGAUGGAAUGUGAUGGAAGUUUAA